GUGCGAAGGAGAGACUACACAAUUAUAAUUUACCAGGGGAUAAGAAUGGGUUGCUUGAAACCUCUAGUCCUUGCUGUUCUUGUUCUCUCUUCCUUUGUUUUGGUUGCAGAGUGCCGGGUCUCCAGGAUGGACCUUGGCGUGGGCCUGGGUGGUGGACUUGGUGGUGGCGUCGGAGUCGGUGCUGGGACCGGAGGUAUUAGCGUCUCUGGCUCUGGGUCCGGCUCAGGUUCGGCAUCUGGGUCUGCUGGCUCCUACUCCAACUCCCGUUCGUUUUCUGGCUCUCGGUCUGGGUCUAUUUCGAUCCCGCUUUUGGGACAUGGAGGUAGUUCGUCUGCAGGGUCGGGUGCCAGUUCUUCUGCAGGCUCCGGCGCUGGUUCGGGUUCGAACUCGGGGUCUGGUGGAGGCUAUGGUGAGGGUCACGGGUAUGGGUCUGGUAGUGGAAAUGGCAACUAAGAAGGUAAAAUUAUGUACUCGAGCUACACCAGCUGAAUGUUAUUACAUAUAUAUAUAUAUAUAUAGGGGAUGGUGAAUGAAAAUAAUCAUUCAUGACUAAGAUAGCUUGAUGUUAUUAACCUGAACAAGUAAGUUAGAGGUCACCUAAGAGAGCUGAAGUCCACUGUAAUAAUCAUUGCUUCAAAUAAUAAACGAUAUCCGAAAUUUUAAAG